AUGGAUCCGGUGUUGCUGGCCAACGUGAUCGGGACUCUGUUCCCACCGGAAGACAGGAAGCUGAGUUUGGGCGGAGUCGAUCGACACCAUGGCUUCCCGCCUACGACAUCUCUUUACCAGAUGCCUAAAGGAGAUCGUCUACCCCCGGACAUUGCGGACAGUGACAUUGGUCUUAUUGCGGAGAGAACACUGCUGAACUCUGGCCUUCUGGACGAGGUGGACAAGCUAUUUGUGAGGAUAAUUGCCACCCGUCUGCAGGCCCAUAUGUCGAGUGCCUGGAUGAUGAAAUACCUGGGCCUCACCAUCGACAGCCGAUGGGCGUUCUGGCCGCACUUCGAGCUCCUGGUUGCAAGGGUGACAGCUGCAGCCAACGCCUUAUGCAGCUUACUACCGAACAUCGGCGGAGCAGCAGUUGGAGUUCGCCGACUCUACGAGGAAGUGAUUCGGUCUCGAGUCCUUUACGGGUCGCCUGCAUGGGCCGAAGACCUGAUGGCGAGUCGUCAUAGCUUACUCUUGUUGAGGAGGUUGCAUAGGACGUCGGAGUCUGUGCUGUUGUAA